GGAAGUGAUGUGAAGCCAUUAGUCUCUGAAAACAACAUCCGAACCAGAACCAGUCGGGACGUGUUCCCACCGAGCAGAACCGGGCCGAGAUGUGGAUCGAACCGGAGGAGGUUCUGUUGGCCGGAGCUCUGUGGGUGUCCGAACGGGCCAACCCGUUCUUCACCCUGCAGAGGAGGAGGGGGCACGGUCGCGGAGGGGGACUGUCGGGUCUCCUGGUUGGAACUCUGGAUGUGGUUCUGGACUCGAGUGCCAGGGUGGCUCCGUACAGGAUCCUGCUGCAAACUGCAGAUUCUCAGAUCUACUGGAACAUCGCCUGUGGUUCAAGCAGGAAGGAGAUCACUGAGCACUGGGAUUGGUUGGAGUCCAACCUGCUGCAGACGAUCUCCAUCUUUGAUAACGAUGAAGAUGUCAUCACGUUUGUCAAAGGAAAGAUCUCUGGCAUCAUCGCAGAGGAGAAGCGGCUGAAACAGAGCGAGGAGCAGGAGGAGGACAGUGGGAAGUUUCGAGAGGCGGAGCUGAAGAUGAGGAGGCUCUUUGGAAUGCCUGAAGAGGAAAAGCUGGUGAACUACUAUUCCUGUAGUUUCUGGAAAGGUCGUGUGCCGCGGCAGGGCUGGCUCUACCUGUCCAUCAAUCACCUGUGCUUUUAUUCAUUUCUGCUGGGAAAGGAAGUGACCCUGGUGAUACCGUGGACCGAGGUUAUCCAGCUGGAGAAGAACGCCACCCUGCUGUUUCCAGAGAGUGUCUGUGUGAGCACUCGGCACACCAAACAUUUCUUCUCCAUGUUCCUAAACAUCAACGACACCUUCAAGCUGAUGGAGCAGCUCGCCAACAUUGCCAUGCGCCAGCUGCUCGAUAACGAGGCGUUCGCCGCCGACCGCUUGCUGCCCAAACCCUGCAAGACGCUGAAGAACGUCUCCGCGCUCAAGAGGGAUUUUGACGCCCGUGCCAAGAACGAGCAGUACCGGGCCAUGUUCCGUCUAACGCAGGACGAGCGGCUGGACGGACACACGGACUGCACGCUGUGGACGCCGUUUGCUAAGAUGCACGUGGUGGGACAGCUGUUCAUCUCCAACAACUACAUCUGCUUCAACAGCCGAGAGGAAGACCUGUGUCGGCUCAUAAUCCCGCUCCGAGAGGUGUCCGUAGUGGAGAAGGCAGACAGCAGCAGCGUGCUGCCGUGUCCCGUCUCCAUCAGCACUAAGAACAAGAUGAACUUCCUGUUCGCCAACCUCAAAGACAGAGACUUCCUGGUUCAGCGUAUUUCUGACUUCUUGCAGCGAACCCCGGACAGCUCGUGGGGUGACACCAACCCGCUGUCUCUGAUCGGAUCCUCGGCCUCCUCUGACUCCGCCAACAAGAACCGCCAUUACCACCCUGGCCUGCCGACAGCCAGCCAGAGUCUGCUGCAGCUGUACCACCGGGACACUCCAGAGGACCUGGGACCCAAAGCCAUGAAGGAGAGGAUGAAGGAGGAGGCGUGGAACAUCCAUUUCUCAGAAUUUGGUCGAGGUGUCUGCAUGUACAGAACCUCCAGAACCAGAGAACUGGUUCUGAAUGGAAUACCAGAAUGUCUGAGAGGGGAGCUGUGGCUGCUGUUCUCUGGUGCUCAGAACGAACUGGCGUCCCACCCUGGUUACUAUGGCGACCUGGUUGAGCAGGCCAUGGGGCUUUGCUCGUUGGCUACAGAUGAGAUUGAGCGCGACCUUCACCGCUCUAUGCCCGAACACAAAGCCUUCCAGAACGAGAUGGGGAUCGCUGCUCUGCGUCGCGUCCUCACCGCCUACGCCCACCGAAACCCAGGAAUUGGAUACUGCCAGGCGAUGAACAUCGUCACCUCCGUCCUGCUGCUCUACUGUACAGAGGAAGAGGCCUUUUGGCUUCUGGUGGCCCUCUGUGAGCGCAUGCUGCCCGACUACUACAACACUAGGGUCGUAGGGGCUCUGGUGGACCAGGGAGUGUUUGAAGACUUGACCCGGGUUUUCCUCCCCCAGCUCUAUGACCAUAUGCAAGAGCUUGGAGUCAUAUCCACCAUCAGCCUGUCCUGGUUCCUCACCCUCUUCCUGUCUGUGAUGCCAUUCGACAGCGCCGUCCUCUUGGUCGACUGCUUCUUCUUCGAGGGAAUCAAAGUCACCUUCCAGGUAGCACUAACUGUUCUUCAUGACAACAUGGAAGCUCUGCUGUCCUGCACCGAUGAGGGCGAGGCCAUGACCACCCUGGGCAGGUACCUGGAUAAUGUUGUGAAUAAGCAGACCGUGGCUCCGCCCAUUCCUCACCUCCAUGCCUUGCUGACAAGUGGAGAUGAUCCUCCACCUGAGAUCAACAUUUUUGACCUCAUCAAGUCAUCCUAUGAGAGGUUUGGCAGCCUGCGCUCUGACGACAUUGAGCAGAUGAGGUUCAAGCAGAGGUUAAAGGUCAUCCAGUCCCUGGAAGACACAGCCAAGCGAAGCGUGGUGAGGGCAAUGAUGACAGAAUCAGCGUUCAGCAUCGAGGAACUCGAGGAGCUCUACUGCCUCUUCAAGUCCAAACACAUGACCAGCUGUUACUGGGGCUCCAGCAGCUCUGCAGCGGAGCGUCAUGAUCCCAGUCUGCCGUACCUGGAGCAGUACCGGAUCGAUCCGAUUCAGUUCGCUCAGCUCUUCUUGGCACUCGCUCCCUGGGUCUGUGGAAGCCACACCCCCAUUUUGUCAUCCCGCCUCUUCAGGCUCCUGGAUCAGAACCAGGACGGGCUUGUCAAUUUCAAAGAGUUCAUUACCGGGCUCAGUGGGAUGUAUCAUGGGGACAUGACUGAGAAACUGAAACUGCUCUACAAGCUCCACCUCCAGCCAGCUCUUUGUCCUCAGGAGGCAGAGUCUGCAUUGGAAGCCACACAGUUCUUCACAGAGGACGAAGCAGGAGAAUCUUCCUUCUUGUCUGAUUUGGACACUUUAAGGCAGCAGGAUGUGCCAUCAGUAGGUGAGGAGGUCAAGGAUGAAGAGGAGAAGAAAGAGGUGAAGGACUACAGGUACUAUCUGAGGAUGUGGGCCAAAGAGAAGGAGCCCAAGAAAGAGACGAUCAAGGAUCUGCCAAGGAUGAACCAGGAGCAGUUCAUCGAGUUCUGCAAGACUCUGUACAACAUGUUCAGUGAGGAGCCGUCUGAGCAGGAGCUCUAUCACGCCAUAGCCACCGUUGCCAGUCUGCUGCUGCGCAUCGGAGAGGUCGGGAAGAAGUUCAGCAAUGGCGGCAAGAAGCCAGAGACUCAAGCCCCGCCCAUCCACCCGCAGCAGGAGGAGGGGCCCGGCGAAGGAACGUCAGCUGAGGCGCAGGUGUGCCAGGCUCUUGCCGAUGCUCAGCUGGAGCUGCCGGUGCCACAAACAUCCGAUGAGGAAACCAAAGACGACACGUCGGUGUCGUCUUACUCGGUGGUGAGCUCCGGCUCGCUGCCGUGCGAGGACAUUGCUGACGACACUGUGCUGAUUGGUGGCGACCAGAGGCAAGGCAGCUCGCUGGAUGCUGAUUGGUCCAUCACCUUUGAGCAGGUGCUGGCAUCGCUGCUGACAGAGCCGGCACUUGUCGAAUACUUCGAGAGGAAGACGGACAUUCAGGCCAAGAUGGCUUCCUGUAAGGCUCAGAGGGUUGUGGAGCGCCAGAUAAGCUCCGCCUCUGAAGCGGAACUCGCCCAACAUUCCACCUGAUCACUUGUGUCUACCUCUCCCCAUAUAGGUAAUUAAUCAGUUAAUCACAUGCACUAAGUGUUUGAUGAUGUCAUUCUGACAGAGACUCUGACUGGCUGCUUGGUCCAACACAGUGGAGCUGAUCAUUGACCUGUGACGUCAUCAUCAAGUGACUUCCUGCAGGAGUUUCUCACUAAAAGCUUUUAAAACGAUGAAUUCAUUGGCUUUUAUUGUGAAAGACAAGCAGGAAGUAUUACAGUAUUAGUAUUUGAUUCAUUGAUCUCUAGCUACAAGUCUCUGCAGCACCAAGUGCUCAAGUGAACACACCUGCAGACACCCUGCUGGUCACAUG